CCUCGUCCCCGGCGCGGUCCUCCGCCCCGGCCGGGAGCCCGCGGAGUUCUGAGGGCCAGAUUCUGGCCGCGGCCCAUAACCUGUUCCUGGACCCGGGGCUGGGCGCGGAGAGCGGGGCGCUGUGUCCCAAGACCCCCACCCUCAGCCAAGUGGGCACCACGGCAGGGGUGGAGCCACCCUCAUGGAAGGGAGAGGACCAUACCGGAUCUACGACCCUGGGGGCGGCGUGCCUCCAGGAGAGGCUUCCGCAGCUUUUGAGCGCCUAGUGGAGGAGAAUUCCCGACUGAAGGAAAAAAUGCAAGGGAUAAAGAUGUUAGGGGAGCUUUUGGAAGAGUCCCAGAUGGAAGCAUCCAGGCUGCGGCAGAAGGCCGAGGAGCUGGUCAAGGACAGCGAGCUGCUGCCACCACCAUCUCCCUCUUUGGCCUCCUUUGACCACUUGGCUGAGCUCACAGGAAAGGAGGCAGAUGUCCCAGCAGCCCCUGCUGACCCUGCACACCCCAGCAACAAGGCAGAGCCGGUCCAAAAACCUCCAUCCAGUGAGUUGGGCCCCCUGCCCCACGAGGACACCAACCUGAUGCUGCACCUGCAGCGCCUGGAGACCACCCUGAGCGUGUGUGCCGAGGAGCCGGACCACAGCCAGCUCUUCACCCACCUGGGUCGCAUGGCCCUCGAGUUCAACCGGCUGGCGUCCAAGGUGCACAAGAACGAGCAGCGCACCUCCAUCCUCCAGACCCUGUGUGAGCAGCUUCGGAAGGAGAAUGCCCUGAAGGCCAAGCUGGACAAGGGCCUGGAGCAGCGGGAUCAGGCUGCCGAGAGGCUGCGGGAGGAAAACAUGGAGCUCAAGAGGUUGUUGAUGAGCUGCGGCAAAGAGGAUACCUGUGGGCAGCCGGGCUUCCCAAAGAUGGAAGGCGCAGGCAAGAAGGGGGUGGCCGGACAGCAGCAGGCUUGUGUGACAGCAGGUAAGAUCCCAGAGGUCGGGGCCUUGGGUGCAGCCGAGAAGAAGGUGAAAAUGCUGGAGCAGCAGCGCACAGAGCUGCUCGAAGUGAACAAGCAGUGGGACCAGCAUUUCCGGUCCAUGAAGCAGCAGUACGAGCAGAAGAUCACCGAGCUGCGCCAGAAGCUGGCGGACCUACAGAAGCAGGUGACUGACCUGGAGGCUAGCGGGAGCAGAAAGCAGCGUGACUUUGACCGGAAGCUCCUCCUGGCCAAGUCCAAGAUUGAAAUGGAGGAGACCGACAAGGAGCAGCUGACAGCGGAGGCCAAGGAGCUGCGCCAGAAGGUCAAGUACCUGCAGGAUCAGCUGAGCCCACUCACCAGGCAGCGGGAGUACCAGGAAAAGGAGAUCCAGCGGCUCAACAAGGCCCUGGAGGAAGCACUGAGCAUCCAGGCCUCCCCCUCCUCUCCACCAGCUGCGUUUGGGAGCCCAGAAGGAGCUGGUGGCCUCCUAAGGAAACAGGAGCUGGUCACGCAGAACGAAUUGCUGAAACAGCAGGUGAAGAUCUUCGAGGAAGACUUCCAGAGGGAGCGCAGUGAUCGAGAACGCAUGAAUGAGGAGAAGGAAGAGCUGAAGAAGCAGGUGGAGAAACUACAGGCCCAGGUCACCCUGUCCAAUGCCCAGCUCAAAGCAUUCAAAGAUGAGGAGAAGACAAAAGAAGCCCUCAAACAGCAGAAGAGGAAGGCAAAGGCCUCAGCGGACCGUUACCACAUGGAUCCCCACCCAGAACACCUCUGCGGGGCCUAUCCGUACGCCUACGCACCCAUGCCAGCCAUGGUCCCACACCACGGCUUUGAGGACUGGUCCCAGAUCCGCUACCCCCCGCCCCCCAUGGCCAUGGAGCACCCGCCCCCACUCCCCAACUCACGCCUCUUCCAUCUGCCAGAAUACACCUGGCGGCCGCCCUGUGGAGGGAUGCGCAAUCAGAGCUCCCAAGUGAUGGACUCGCCCACAGCCAGGCCUGCGGAACCAGAGUCUACGAAAAAUGACCGUGAGGGGCCUCAGUGAGACCAGAUUAUGUCACUUGGCUCCACCUUCGUCUUGCCAGAGCCACCUGAUCUCAGAUUACUGAAAAACUAGAGGCCACGUUCUGUAUGCAGCCAGCGCCCCGGCCGGAUGGGAGGCUGAUGGGCCACCAGCUUGUGCCCCAGCCCGACCUGAACUGUUCACAGACUGGAGAGGCUCCACCCAGAAGGCUUCCAUCUGGGGCCCCUCCUGUGGAGUGGCCAGGAGAAACUCGCCACCCUGCCACCAAGUGGAGAGAGGCCUCAUCUGACUCUGACCUGCCAUGCUUUGCAGAAGCGCUGGGGGACGUCAGUCUCAAGAGUGGGGUCCAGCUGAGACCCCUUCCUUUCAAAACUUCCCCAGAAGUGGUUCCAGCCCCUCUGGGGACCACGUUCAGUUCAUGUGUGUGUUUGAUUUUCGCUUCAAGCUCUGUAGCAGCAGGACCUGCCCCAUGCCCAUCCCUUCCCCUCUGAGGAGCUGCAGGAAGGGCAGGUUUGCCCCCGGACACAGAAGAGAAUGACGGGGUGUUCCGUUGCAGGGCCCUCCACCUCCACCCACCAGCCUUGCUGGUGCCAUGACAGCCUGGGAUGAAGGCCACGCCAGUCACAUGCGCUGAGGGGCCCACCGUGAAGCUACCAGAGCCCCGGCCCUGCAGCUGGAGGCUUGUGGUGUCAGAGGCCCAGAACAGGGUGGCUGGCUGUCCCUGGGCAGCUGUUUGCACGAACCUUGGACAUAAAUCCAAGUUGAAGAUCA